GAAAGAGGAUGAAAGUUUUAAAGCUCCCAUGUGAAGCACAGCGCUGAAGACUUGGCUCAGGAAAGCUGCUCUUUCUCGAGGCUGAAAAGUUUCCUGCUUCAUGUUGAAAAUCAGCAGUUUGUCGCUCUAGCAGAUAGAUUUUAAACCCCGGUGCUGCUUGUGGACCGUUUCUUUGUGUCUCGGAAAACUUUGAGCUGUCCGUAUACGGAUUUCACUCGGUCUCCUUACACACCUGAUGUUGUACAGGUGUGUAAAUCUGUUGCGUCUGUGGUUUUAAGCCUGGUUGUUGUUGUGCUAGUGAUUUUAAGUGUAAAAGGACAGGAUGCUUGCGCAGCCGCCCGCUCUCGAGCCCCACACCACACACAGGCUGGCACUGGAUUGCCGGAGCUGGCUGGAUCAUCGCCAGGCCCGUGGAGUGUGUGGUUGUUGCUGUGGGGCUUUUAGGCCCCGCUACAAGAGGCUUGUUGACAACAUAUUUCCUGAAGAUCCAGAGGACGGGUUGGUGAAGGCCAACAUGGAGAAGCUGACCUUCUAUGCUCUGUCUGCUCCAGAGAAGCUGGACCGAAUAGGAGCGUACCUGUCUGAGAGGCUGUGCCGUGAUGUAGCCAGACACAGAUACGGUUACGUGUGUAUCGCGAUGGAGGCUCUGGAUCAGCUCCUAAUGGCGUGCCACUGUCAGAGCAUCAACCUGUUCGUGGAGAGUUUCUUAAAGAUGGUGCGCAAACUCCUGGAGGCCGACAAGCCCAACCUGCAGAUACUGGGAACCAACUCGUUCGUCAAAUUCGCCAACAUCGAAGAGGACACGCCAUCGUACCAUCGCAGUUAUGAUUUCUUUGUGUCCCGCUUCAGUGAGAUGUGCCACUCCAACUUUGAGGACCCAGAUAUCCGCACCAGAAUCCGCAUGGCUGGUAUCAAAGGACUGCAGGGAGUGGUGAGGAAGACGGUCAACGACGAGCUGCAGGCGAACAUCUGGGAUCCGCAGCACAUGGACAAGAUCGUACCAUCUCUGCUGUUCAACCUGCAGUCUGGAGAAGGCACGGAGAGUCGUUCCCCCUCUCCACUGCAGGCCACUGAGAAGGAGAAGGAGAGCCCAGCCGAGCUGACCGAGCGCUGUUUCCGGGAGCUGCUGGGACGCGCCGCCUACGGCAACAUCAAGAACGCGGUCACUCCUGUCCUCAUGCAUCUCGAUAAUCACUCUCUGUGGGAAGGAAAAACAUUCGCAGUGCGCUGCUUUAAGAUCAUCAUGUACUCUAUCCAGUCACAGCACUCUCACCUGGUUAUCCAGCAGCUCCUGGGUCACCUGGACGCUAACAGUAAAACCUCGGCUACGGUGCGUGCCGGGAUCGUGGAGGUUCUUCUGGAGGCAGCUGCUAUAGCAGCCAGCGGAUCUGUAGGCCCCACUGUGCUGGAGGUGUUUAACACUCUCCUCAGGCAUCUGAAGCUCAGCGUGGACUACGAGCUCAGCGGAUUUUACGACGCCACCACCACAGGCAGCAAAACCGUCAACGAGCACGAAGAGAGGCAGCUCCAAGAAGCUGUCAUAAAAACCAUAGGUUCCUUUGCCAGCACUCUGCCUACAUACCAGCGCUCUGAGGUGAUGCUCUUCAUCAUGGGGAAGAUCCCGAUUCCUGGAAUGCAUCUUACACUGCCACCCACAGGCUCUGGGUCUGAGGGUGACAGGAUGAUCCAGGUCAUGUUGCUGAAGUCUCUAAGACAGGUGACGUGUGGCUUCCAGAGCACGAACAUGCUGACGGCUCUGCCCAGCUCCUUCCUGGACCCACUCCUGUCCUUCGCGCUGCUGGAGGACGCACACAUCCGCCUGCUUGUCCUCGAAAUCCUCGUCAGCCUCAUCGAUCGCCAUGACAACCGUCCCAAGUUCUCCACCAUCAGAAUCAUCGCAGACAUUUCUGUCCUUAAACUCAAGAUGGAGAAGUGUUCUCGUCAGGACAACCUGUUCAUGAAGAAGCAUGCCCAGCAGCUCUAUAGACACAUCUACCUGUCGUGUAAGGAGCAGAGCAGCACACAGCCACACUUCGAGAUGCUCUACUCUCUCCUCGCUCUGAUCAGCAUGGAGCUUGCUAACGAGGAGGUGGUGGUGGAUCUCAUUCGCCUCGCUCUGGCCCUGCAGGACUUGGCUUUAGUCAGUGAGGAGACGUUGCCGGUGUAUAACCGCUGUGCCGUUCACGCUCUGACCGCUGCCUACCUCAACCUCAUCUGCCAGCUCACCACCCUGCCCACCUUCUGCCAGCACAUCCACGAGGUGAUCGAGAUGAGACAGAAGGAAGCCUUGUUUCUUUUGCCAGAAGAUGUCUUUAUUGAAAAUCCAAUGCUUCCAGAGACGCUCGAGAAGCCGGCAGGAGAACUGCUGUUCCAGCAGACCAAGAUCGCCGAGGUGCUGGGAGGAAGUGGAUACAACACAGAGAGACUCGCCACACCUUACAUCCCUCAGUUCACAGAUGAAGACAGGCUGUCGAAGAGAAAAAGUAUCGGAGAAACCAUCUCUCUUCAGGUGGAGGUCGAGUCCAGGAACAGUCCCGAGAAAGAGGAGAGAACACCAGCUGAGGAAAUCACAUUUGAAGCACUGAAGAACGCUAUAGUGGACAGUGUAGGGAUGGAGGAGCAGGAGCGAGAGAGGAGGAGGCAGGUGGUGGAGAAGUUUCAGAAAGCCCCGUUCGAGGAGAUCGCCGCACACUGUGGAGCCAGAGCCACAAUGCUGCAGAGUAAACUCAGUCAAAUCUUCGAAAUCACAAUCAGGCCUCCUCCCAGUCCAUCAGGCACCAUCACGGCGAGCUACGGUCAAACCCAGACCCGCUCCGUCCCCAUCUACGAGAUGAAGUUCCCUGACCUGUGUGUGUAUUAGCACAGAGCCCAGGAGAAAGCACCUGUGUGUGUGUGUGUGUGUGUGUGUGUGUGUGAGAACAGAAGGAAUAACCCAAACAUCUCCGUUGUUCAUCAUCGCAGGCAAACCUCCAUGGUGAAGAGAAAAGCCUGUAGGGCGCCAUUACUUUUGCAGCACAGCCUCUGCCGGAUCCAGUCGUUUAGUCCUUCGUGUUUAACGUGUCCUGAACUCAGCCGGGAUUUAUUAUUAUUUUUAUUUUAUUUUAAAGCAGAAGUGCAUGCACUGUCAUUGUCUAAAGCCAGCUACUUCCAGUUUAGUUUAGUGUUUUACCUAGUAGUGCUGAUUUACUUGGAAAAAAAAAAAUCAUCCCGGUUUUGUUAAACCAAGCGUUUUUGACUCGUCUGUCCUUAUUGGUGCUAUUUUUGUUUUAUAAUUUGAUAGGUUACUGACAUCAACAUUGGAAAAUUGACCCUUUACUCCAUAGCAGAAAGCUUGGGUUACUUUUUAUUUUAUUUUUAUUUUUUUUUAACAAAAUCACGACCAAAACGGUUGACGGAGAUUUAGACACAGAAAUGAUCGGAAGUAAAUUUCUGGGUUAAUUUAGCACUUUGCAUUAUUUAGCUAAAGAUAUGAGCCUGAGGGCAUCUGCGUAUUUUGGGCUAAAAAAAAAAAUAAAAAAUUUUAUUGCACUGGAUAAAAUUUCCAUCAUCUACAUUAACAGGCUCUGUGAAUGUGAAUUUUUUUAAAAAAAUUUUAUUUUUUUGCUGCUCAUUUUAAAGCAUCCGUAAGCAACCUUUUAGUACAGUAUAGUACAGGGAUCCUCAAAUGUGUCCCACGAGAUCCACUUUCCUGCAGAGUUUAGCUCUAACCUUAAUCAAACACACCUGAACACGCUAAUCAGUGUCUUCAGGAUCAUUAGAAAAUCACAUGUAGAGGAGUGUGAUCAGGCUAGGAGCUAAACUCCACAUUGGAUUGGCCCUCCAGGGCAAGAUUUGAGGAACCCUGGUAUAGUAUAUCAUUGCAUCGCAUACGACGAAACAUGAGUUCUAUCAUCUGAAAACCCCGUGUCUGUAAAUAUGCGUGAGAGAAAUUUUAGUUUUAGACCGCACUGACUUUUCUAACGCCGCGCUCGAGGGAAUACAGCUGACCGACUAACCAGCAUGAGAUCUGACCACCAGGAAAAACAAACCGCUGCAAGCGCCGCAGAACACACAGAGUUACUCGAUUGAACGUGUCCCAGACGUGUCGCCGGAGUCACGUGACCGCAUGUCUCAGCUUUUUUUUAAUCUGGUUAUAUUUUUAUAUCGUUGUGUCGUCCGUCAGCGAUGGUUCAUUUCAGGCUGUUUUUAAAUAGAUGAGGGAUUCUCUCCUGCGUGGUGUUGGGAGUGUAACUCCCAGACAAGGAGCGUUUUGGAAGUGUCGAGGGUUUUAUCGCCGUGGCGACGCAACCCUCACGUAGUCGUCUCGUUAACGAUGUCUCUGUCACGUUUUUUUCUACGUGUCUCUGUUUUAAAGAACAAACAAAAACAACAGCGUUGUCAACAGUGUUUUGUUGUUGCCGGUUUUUGUUUUUGGUCCAAACUCUAAAUCUAAAACGUACUACAAAAGAGCUGCUUAGACUUCAGUGUGAAUGUUUGUUCAGUUUUACAGUACACAAUUACACAAAACUGGUGUGUGUGGGUGUGUGUGUGUGUGUGAAUCUGGAGUUGUGUAUUUUUUACCUUCGUGAAAACAGGAUUUGGAUAUUUAAUGUAAAUUUGUUUAUUUGCACUUUGCUUUAAUUUGGUCAGUUAAUGUUGGGUGUUCUAAGCUUGACCCUAAGCUCAGGUCAGAAUUCUGUUCCAACACAAAAUGUUUACGAUGAUUGUCGUCACAGUUCAGCCUUACAUCGGCAAGGCGAGGUUUAUAUAUAUAUAUAUAUAUAUAUAUAUAUAUAUAUAUAUAUAUAUAUAUAUAUAUAUAUAUAUAUAUAUAUAUAGCACGUUUCACAUACAGUGAUUAUUCAAAGUGCUUCACGUAUAAAGAAAAUUAAAAUAAUCAUCAAGAAUAUUACAACAAUAAAAACAAUCCAUUUAAAAUGAAUUAAAACAGUUAUGAAUAAAAAAUGAUUUUAUGUAAGAUACAGUGCAGUCAGUAUCGGCAUAGAAUUUUUGGAUUAAAGUUUGUACAGCAUUAUGGUUGUGUAUUUGCGAAUCUGAGUGUUAUUUAGUAAGGAAUGAGAAAUGCGCCAUUAUAAAUGAUCUGAAUUUUUUUAACAUGUACAAAUUCUGAUUUUUUUAAUUUGAAAAAGUUUUUGAAGUUGAAUCGAAUUGAUAUUGUAUUCAGAGACUUAAAUUUUACAUUUUUAAAUUCCAAGUUUUAAUCUUUUUAAUCUGGUGUAGAAAAUUGUUUCUGUUGUGUUUACUGAAACAAAUUCAAUUCCAGAUUCAGAUUUUGGAAACACAACAUGAAUUGUAAUAAAUUUUAUCUGCAUUUUUUUUCCUUGGUAUAGUUUUAAAAAUAAUUUAACUUGAAUUUUAAAGUGGCCUCGAAAAACAAAAAAUUUAAUCAGAUUUUUUUUUUACACAAUUUUAGAGCUAAAAGACUAUGAACAGCAAAAUCCUCCCGUAGGAAACAAUUUUAAUUCAGCUGAAAAACUUUAAAUAAAGGAGAAAAAAAUUAAUUAAUUAAUUAAUUAAUAAAAAAAAGGAAUUAUGUCAUGUCCAGAAAUGAAUCUGAAUUAUUUUUUAUUUAUUUGAAUCCACAAUUGGAAUGAAAAUCAUAAUCAAAAAAUUAUUUUCUGUUUAAAUUAAUGUUCUAAUAAAUGAGCUGUACGAUUCAAAUUUCCCUGGAAAUUCAGAUUUACAAAAUUUCACAUCAUCCAAAUUCUAGCAGCACAACAGAAACGCCACAGCGGUCAGUCUGGUCCAAGCGGUUUAUGGAGCGUGAAUUCAGAAAUUAGAAAAUUUUAAUUCAGAAGCAGAAAUCCGAAUUGUUAGAAUGUAGAGAUGAGUGUAAGUAACGCUUCACUGAAUGCAUGUGUGUGAUUUAUGAGCAUUUGAAAUUCACAACAUAAUUUUGCAGAUAAUCAGUUAAAAUAAAUUAAUAAUCAGGUUCAAUUUGGUUUCUAUUAAUAAUUGACAUUUUAACUUGCAGGCAAAAGCCAAGAUUAAAAAAAAAAAAAAAAAAAGGCUUCUGAAAAAUGCAUGUUUUAACAUUUUAAUCAGAUUUGGAUAAAGGAAAAGAGGAGGUGUGUGUGUGUGUUGUCUGCUUUUGCCUGCAAGUCUCCUGACCGUUACUUCGAAAGCAAAACAAAAAAAUGUGAAUUAUUCCCAGGUAUGAAUGCUUUAUUAUUUUUAUUUAUUUAUUUAUAUUUUAGAAAUUGAUCCUAAUUGAUAGUCAUUGUUUAUUUUACGUUCAAAUGCUCAGUCACAUGCCCUUGUGUGUGAAAUUCAGUUUUUGUAAAAUGCAAUUUCAGUAAAUUUUUCAGCUAAAUUGAAUUUCAGAAUUUUAAAAAAUUAUUUCUGAUUUUUUUUUUUAAUUUAAUUAAAAAUUUUUUUUUGCAUUUAUAUCAAAUCUUCUAAUGGCAUGAUUCAAGCUCCAUAAAUUAAACUCCAAAUAAACUGCAUUUAUUAAACCUUUUAAUUGAUGAUGAUGAUUAUUAUUAUUAUUAUUAUUAAACUGUGUAUUUUCUUUUAUUUCUGUUUUAAUUUGUUAAAAUUGUCACCGUUUCCUUGAAGGCGUCUAAACUUCACUGUAUUCCUGUAACACUGGGAGGUUGAGUAAUUAUCUGGGGUGUGUGUGUGUGUGUGUGUGUGACUGUAUUGGUGGGUGUGUGUGUGUGUGUGUGAAGGUGUUAGGGUAUUUGUGUGUGUGAAUGUGUGAGGCUGAGCAGUGUGGGAGAGAUGUGUUGUCUGCUGUAACUUUGUGGUGUAAAUGUGUUCCAGAUGAAGAAGGAAGCUGGUGUGUGUGUGUGUGUAUCUUGUCUCCGGGCUUGUACAUCUGUAGACUUUGUUUUUAUCUGUCAGUGCUGCAGCUGCUCAAUAAAACCUGUUCAGUGAUGA